CGCGCUCCUCGAACGCGAAAUUACGGAUCUUCCGUGUGCGUGUUCGUCGUCGCGAAUCUGCGAUUACAUACCGCGUGCGAUGUGACUUUUCGCCGCUUGGCUGGUUUUUUAAGCAGCGACGAGAAGAUUCGCUCGUUCGCGAAUCGGACGUUUCCUUCGGAGAGAGGAGGUGGUUCGCGAGAUUCGCGCUAAGGUUACAAACGACGAAUGGCAGUGCCUUUCGCGGAAAAUCGAUUAAAUACCGUCGGACCGUGGCGCGCGGAGCAGUAGUUUCGACUUGCGUUCGUCGCCGUUGCGUGAUCGUCGGCCGCGCGCUAUAGACACCACAGACAGUUUCGGCCAAUGGCGGCUGUCAACUGGCGGAUCGCUCGCCUCGCUCGGACGGUUCUCGGCCGUUUCUCGAAAAAUCUCGCCCGCUCCGAUCUGAAAAUAGCCGCCGCGCGUUCACAUUGAAUGCGCGUUAGAGAACAUUAAUGAGACCGCGCUGACUCACGAAUAGCCUCUUAUAUGACAUCGGGAAAGGAAACAAUGGGUGAGCAACCAAUCUUCACGUGCAAAGCACAUGUUUUUCACAUCGAUCCCAAGACCAAGAGGUCUUGGGUGCCGGCAUCGUCAGCAGCAAUAUCUGUAUCAUUCUUCUACGAUUCCACCAGAAGUCUAUAUAGAAUAAUUUCAGUCGAAGGAGCAAAGGCUGUCAUAAAUAGCACAGUUACUCCAAACAUGACUUUUACCAAAACAUCACAGAAAUUUGGCCAGUGGUCGGAUGUCAGGGCGAACACAGUAUACGGUUUAGGUUUUGCGUCUGAGGCUGAAUUAGGAAAGUUUAUCGACAAAUUUCAUGAGGUUAAAGAAGCCACCAAACUGGCCAGCGCUAAGUUACAGUCAAACAGUACUUCGGCAACGCCAGCUACAAGCGCAAAUGUCAGUCCAAUCACGUCUCGAUCGGGCAUGACAUCGUCAGAGCAAGACCUUAUAGAUCCACCCAACUCCUCGAUGAUCAACUCCAAUGUGUCGGCGUCGAACAACCCAAACCCGAACGCCAAUAUGAUUUCCGCUCAGAACAAUGUAUCUUCGGUAAGCAGCAGUCCUUUACCUGGUAGUUGUCAAAAUAAAGUGGACGACGAAUUGAAAAACGCAGUCCAUUCAAGAUCACAGAGUGUUUCUCAGCAGAGUACAGAAAGUCCACAACAUCAAGGAAAAUCAGCGCAAUUGAGUUCUACGCAAAGUGGACAGUCGGCUGAGGUGCAACUUAAGUAUGAGAACGACAGGCUGAAACUUGCUCUAGCUCAGAGUUCCGCUAAUGCAAAAAAGUGGGAGGUAGAACUGACCACACUUAAAACCAACAAUGCGAGAUUAACAAGUGCGUUGCAAGAAUCCACAGCUAAUGUUGACGAGUGGAAGAGGCAGCUACAAUUGUACAAAGAGGAAAAUGCCAAAAUUAAAGCAAAAUACGCUGACUUAGAGGCUGGAAAGAUUGCGGAAGGCAAUGCUGAGGCUUUAAGAUUGAGAGUUGAGGCAUUAGAGAGUGAGCUGAGAACGCGAAAUGAAGAAAUUAAAGCUCUCACUAUGGCCACUAAGACAAACAAAGAUUUUGUGGCUUUGCAAAAGGAAAACGCAGAACUUCGCGAGAUGUUGAAUGUAGUUCAUGAACAAUUAGAACUUGCUCUGAGUGCAAAUAAGGUUCAAAAACAAAAUUUGGAUACGUUAAACGCCAGAUUAGCUGGCUACAUACAAGAUUUGGUAACGGUACAUCGAGAAAUCACGAAUACAUUGCAGACCUAAGUUCUGCACUGUGUGGAUUGAACCCAAGUGCAUUUCUUGGGUCUUUUGUAUCUACUAUAAGCGCGAUGUACGAGAAUGAAUGAUAUAGAAAUAAUAACAAAGGGAAGAAGUUCCAAAAGAAAAAAAAAUUUUAAAAACAGAUCGAUUUGCAUAUUAAAUCGAGCAGAAAAAAUUUAUAGAAUACUGAAAUAGCCGUCUCGAAAAUAGUACACUGCAGAAGAGAAAAAAAAAAAAAAUUAUGGCUCCCUUGAACAUGUAUUUAUAUUUGAACCAACUUGAACUCUGUUUAGAAUUCUCUUUUAGGCUAUAUUAACUUUCGUGCCAUAAUUGUGCUAUUGUUGCACAGAAUAGGACACUUUAUCUUUACCACCCGCUUUCUUUCGUCGGACGUAAAGCGCGUCGUGUGUGCUGAUUAGAUUUAUCGAUAAGAGUAAUAUAUAUAAGAAAGAAGAGAGAGAGAGAGAGAGAGCAACAUUUGGGGAUGUAUUUUAAAUCAAUUUAAAUAUUUUACGCCAAUUAGAAAAGUUUUUUCGAGGUUUUUUCACGCGUCACUUCUGCUAAGUUCUGAUGCAAGAACUUGAAACUACUACUGUGGGAUGUGUGACAGGUUGAUUUUUUCUAACGCAUCUGCAUCUCCCUAACGGAUAAUACAGGGUGUAGAAAAACAUUAUCGGUGUCAAAAAAAAAAAAAAAAACUUUAUACAUUUGUAGUAAAAAGUGGUCGAGCAGGUGAAGAACUUUAUACGAAUUCCUGAUACGGUGAAAUGUUUCCUUUUUUUUAAAAAUGAACGACAAGAGAGAUCGGUGUACUAUUGUGCUCGAUCGGUAAAAUUUUUUUUAUUACUUUCGUGAUUCCUUAAAUGAGUCGCUCAAUCAAAAAAGCUAAUCAAGCUAAAUGCGUGUGAUUUUUGAUUUGAAUUAUUAUAUGAUACAAUUUAUUUGAAUAAGAAGUUACAUGCAAAAUCUUGUAACUUUUUUUUUUACAAUCUAGUAAACGAGUAGAGCGCUUGUAUAUGUAAAUAGAAAAAAAAAAAAAAAAAAUUGUGGACAAUAAGAAAAAUCAAUUUCAAGUAAUUUAUACAUAGGAAUGAAAUUUAAUAAUCCGUUUUAUAGUUUCUUUAUCUGUAAUUACUUUUUCUAAUCUACUUUAGAAUCUAAUUCAGUGAUGUUUCUAGUAAAUAAUGAUAUUUUUACUUUUUUACUAAUUUUACUUUUUUACUUUUCUACGAAGACGAUUUUAAUUCUAGAAUAAUUUUAGAUGUAAGAAACAUGUGUGUGACAAAUAUGAAAGUUUCGCAAUUUUUAAAGAUGUCUGCAUAGUGUGUGUAGAGAAUUAACUAACAGAAAACAAAAAAAAAAAAAAAAAACUAUCUUCUCUAAGAGUGAAAUCGUCGUUUGUAAGAACCACUGCUUCAAGAGAAUGACUAUAACAAAUAUCUUCAAAUUUUCAUUACAAAAUAUGCUUCCUUUAUUCAUAUAUGCUUUUAGUAUUAAUUGCGGAAAGAGUUUCGGGUGGUAAGAUUUAUAGGUGUCCUACUCUGUAAAGUUUUAUAAAAGGAGCGCACAUUUGUUGUUGAAGAAUUUGCCGUAUUGCAAAUGCUAUUAUUAUGUAUAAAAACAAAAAAAAAAAAAAUACAGUAGAACGGCGACUGUCCUAAGAGCGUGUUUGUGAGAGAGAGAUGUUUUCGUAAAAAAAAAACAAAAAACCAAAAGCGUUCCUACGAGUGAUCGAUUUAAGAGAAAAGGAAAAUCAGGUGAGAAAGAAAACAAAGAUAUUCUUCCAGCAGAGAUAUCAAACCGAAAAAAAAAAAUACCGCUAAAUACCGCUUCCCCCCAACACAUCAUGUUUAAUAUUAAAAAAAUAAAAAAAUAAAAAAAUUGCACCUUUCGUCUCUCACAACUACUGCGUUUCAGUGCUAAACAUAUGUGUGUGUGUAGAAAAUAUUUUAGAAAAACGUUUGGGCGUUUUCUCUCUCGAUCGCGAAGCUCCGCGGUUCAGAACAGAAUUGACUGAGGAUUUUGACGAUAUGAGAGCAAACGCGAAUUCUGAAACACAUUUGUAUAUAUAUGUUUAUUUCUGUGUUUGAAUCCUGCAGUACUCGUGCGACAUACAAAGUAAUACUCGUCACUACAAAGUAAAUACUCGUCAUUGACCCCAGUAAUUUUAUGUCACAUCGGAGAAUCGCAUUUAAAUGUUAGACUGUAAAAAAAAAAAAAAAAAAAAA